AUGUGGUGUGAAGAUGGCUGGACUGUAAUCCACAGACGUACUGGACCUGAGCUGUCAUUUCACCGCACGUGGGCAGAGUACCGAGAUGGAUUUGGAGACAUUUCUGGUGACCACUGGCUUGGAAAUGAGAUUGUCCACCUUAUGACCUACAAUAAAAAGUACAAACUAAGAUUUGAACUCGAUUCCUAUGACAACAACUCCUACUGGGUUGAGUACGAUAACUUUUAUUUGUCCCCUGAAAGUGACAACUACACAUUAUAUCUAAACGAUACUAGCUUCGUUGGCAACGUAUCUGAAGAUAGUAUGAUAAAUCAUUACGACCAUCAGUUUACCACACACGACAGAGACAAUGACCGCAGUGGACAAAACUGUGCAAUUUUGUACCAAGGUGGAUGGUGGUUUUACCACUGUGCAGACGCCGUCCUUACUGCAUGGUACCCUGAUGAUCCGACAUGUACCACCUUCCCAGCUCGAUGCUUCAAAUAUGCCGGGAUUACGGGUGUUAAUUGUGAUACUGGUUGCUUGCUGAAACAAGGAACAAUGAAAAUCAAGGAGCUAUAUGGGGAGGCCAGCCACCAUGGUAUAGUGGUCACAGGGGGCGUGGGGUGUGGAAAGACCUCCAUAGUAGAACAGCUGGUGGACCAGAGCUGCUUUGGAGAAGGAAAAUGUGGCUUCCUAGAAAACAAAGAUUUGUGCCAAGUGACAGGAGCCUCCAAGAGCCGUCAGUUAGGUGGGAGCGGCAACAGUAGUUUAAGUGGCAGUGUAAAUAACAGUCCCAGUGGGACUCUAAGCUCUAACGGACUCAGUAGCUCACAGAGCAGCUAUCUCGCUGCUUCAACGCUGAGCCUCAGUUUCACUUACGACGCCCUACGGACAAUAGCCUCGGAUGUGGUCGCGUUCCAUUUCUGUCAGGCAGACAAUAACAUAACAUGUAUGGUGCCAGAGUAUGUGCAUAGCACAGCAGCGUAUUUGUCGCAAGCGCCUCAGCUCUCUGCUUACAGGGAUCUACUCAUCCAGGAGCCGCACUUACAGAACAUACUGAGCAUGAGGGAGUGUAUUCAGGACCCUGCAAGAUCUUUUGUAAAGGGAGUACUGGAACCUCUGCACAAACUGCACCAAGACGGGAAGAUCACAGUGGAAAAUUGUAUCAUUCUUAUAGACUCGCUCAACGAGGCAGAGUUCCACAAGCCAGACUAUGGGGACACCAUAGCCUCUUUUCUGACCAAGCACAUCAACAAGUUUCCAUCUUGGCUGAAAGUCAUCUGCACAGUGCGGACUUCGCUGCAGGACUUGACCAAGAUGAUGCCCUUACACAAAAUCAGUUUGGAUAAGAUUGCAUCCAAUGAGCAUAUCAAUAGGGAUUUACAGGAUUACAUAAACUACCGCAUUAAUACGACACUGGAUGUCAAAAACAAUGUUGCACUCAAUGGCAAGCUUGAAAGCACUACCCAAAUGAAGUUCAGUUCACAUCUAAGUGCUUUGAGUCGAGGCUGCUUCUUGUACUGUAAGUUAACGCUGGAUCUUAUUGAACAGGGCAGAAUAGUUCUCAAGAGCUCAAAUUAUAAGAUCCUACCACAGAACAUGGCAGAAGUGUUCCUGCUUCAUUUCAAUCUCAAAUUCCCAAGUUUACGCUCAUUUGAAAAGGUCUGCCCAAUCUUGAACGUGUGUCUGGCCUCUUUGUAUCCCCUCACAACAAAGGAAAUAUACGAGACUGUUAAUUCAGCAUACGUCCAGCGCUAUGUUCCGUGGGAUGAUUUUCAGCAGCGCAUGGAAGUUGUGUCAAACUUUUUGUUAAAACGACGGGACAGUUCAUUCAUGUUCUUCCACCCUGCCUUCAGGGAGUGGCUGAUUCGCCGGGAAGAGGCAGAAAGUACCAAAUAUCUCUGUGACUUGAGGCAAGGUCAUGCCCUCUUGGCGUUCCGCCUGUCUCGUGUCAAUGCCCCCCUGGGAGCUGAGAAAACGGUAGAACUUGGCCACCACAUUCUCAAGGCUCACAUCUACAAGACCAUUAGCAAGCAGCUGGGAUACUCCUCCCGGGACAUGCAGGCCUACUGGAUGUGCCAGAGUUCGGAGAAUCUCAGCGCCGCUUUGUCCAACCAACGGAAUGUGUUCUCGCCAAAUGUAAAGGUCAGUCGCCUGAUCCUGCUGUCUGGAGCAUCUCCCAAUGCCAAAACGGAAUUCUUCAGCAAUGCACCCAUCCUGUGCGUGGCUGCCAGAGAGGGGUUUGUAGACAUGGUCUCUCUUCUACUAGAGUUUCAUGCCAAGGUUGAUGUCCCAGGAGAUGAUGGGAUGACCCCCCUGUGUCAUGCAGCUGCCAAGGGUCACUCAGAGGUCAUACGCAUGCUUUUUGCGAAACGAGCCAAAGUCACUCAUACGGACAAUGCAGGCCAGUGUCCACUUGUCCACGCUGCUAUAAAUUGCCAGCUGGAUGCAGUCAGCAUGCUGCUGCAAUGUGAUUGGACAAAAGAAGGUCAGGUGACCCUGACUGAGGCCCUACUGCAGUCACUGGUGGCAGCAACCUCCAAAGGGCAUCGGAGUCUGGUAGAGUUCCUCUUGGACAUGCAUGAGCUGGGACACGAUGGUCUGAAUAUUAACAAUCCUGACACCCUCCAAGGCGAGACCCCACUGACGUCUGCUUGUCUGAAUGGAAACAGGGAGAUCAUUGGCUUAUUGCUCAGGAGAGGGGCAGACCCCAAAUCUGUCAAUGCCAAAGGCCUGCCUCCCCUGCUCUGUGCUGUCAAAGCUGGUUGCUGGGAGACAGUGGAUAUGCUGCUGGCAGCUGGGGUUUCCAUAGAGACCAGUGAUCGCCAUGGACGCACUGGACUAAUGAUAGCAGCCAGUGAGGGUCAUUUGGGCAUCCUAGAGAUGUUGCUAUCAAAGGGGAUGAAAAGAGCUGCUCUUGCACAAGUGGACAAUGAAGGCCUAACUGCCCUAUGCUGGGGUUGUCUCAAAGGUCAUCUUCACAUCGCCCAGUCUCUUCUUGAACAUGGCGCUGCUCUGGAACACACAGACAACUCUGGGCGCACCCCUCUACAUCUAGCUGCUUUCUUCGGCGAUGCCCAGGUGGUGCAGUUUCUCAUGGAGCAAGGGGCCCAGAUUGAGCAUAUUGAUAACAAUGGCAUGAGGCCAUUGGACAGGGCUAUUGGGUGCAGGAAUACUGGGGUGGUGAUAUGCUUCUUGAAGAAAGGAGCAAAAUUGGGUCCUGCCACGUGGGCCAUGGCACAAGGCAAGCCAGACAUUAUGAUACUGCUGCUGAAUAAACUAAUGGAGGAUGGCAAUAUUCUCUACAAGAAGAACCGCCUGAAGGACGCAGCCCACAGGUAUCAGUAUGCCCUGAAGAAGUUCCCAAUGGAAGGGUUUGGUGAAGAUGUCCGCACAUUUAAGGAUCUCAAACUGAACCUCUUGCUCAGUCUCUCAAGGUGCAAGAGGAAAAUGGGGGAUUUCAGUUCAGCCGUGGAAUUAGCCAGCAAGGCUGUGGACAUGAAACCAAAAUCAUUUGAAGCUUUCUAUGCAAGGGCACGUGCCAAGAGAGAUGACAGGCACUAUGCAGCGGCCCUUCAGGACCUCCUGGAAGCACUGAGGUUGGCCCCAAACAAUCGGGAACUGCGACGUCUGCUUGUACGAGUUAAGGAGGAAUGCAAGCAGCAGGCCAAGCUGGAGCGUGCAAGCUCUGGGGUGUCACUGGACCAUAUAGGGCGUGACGAUUUUAGCAGUGCAGGUGCUGUCAUCGAGAGGCCGAAAGAAGAGACUGCCUUAUGACGCCAGGGGUUGGCCCUUUUAGAGGAAACAUUCUAGAACCUUUUCACAAGAGCCAUUGUUUUGACUAGUUUUUUACUGCUUUUUUAUUUUAUUUAUUUAUUAUUAUUU